AUGUCGAGUACGGCAAAAAAAAGGAAAUCGUCUCGAAUAAAAUCAAAUGUAUGUGUUGAGGAAGAUGAAAAUUCUCAAAUAAUCAUUCUUCCUUCUGCUGAUUAUUCCGGCGAGUCAGAUUCGGAUGUUGAAUCUGAAGAAGUAGGUGUCGCAGAUCAUGCUGCUAUUACAGAUUUUCAGGAUGAAAAUGUAUUACACGAGUACUCAGAAUUAUCGGGUGAUGUUCCUGGUAUAUCUUAUCGUAAAGUUUUGGACGCUUAUGGUGAGAACCAAGAAAAAUUAGAACCAGACCAUGAGUAUGAAUGGGUGGAUGGUGAAUGUGUUAUCAAUGGUACUUCUGAUAAUGCUUUAUUGCUCCCAACAAAUGUUCAAAAUAAAAUUCGCGAUUCUUCUUUGGUAGAUCUAUUUCAACUAUUUUUUUCUUUAGAGUUGAAGGAAGUUAUUGUUGAUGCUACUCGUGAAAAUGGAUAUGAUCUUACGAUUGAAGAGCUAGAUGUUUUUGUUGGGAUAUUAAUUACAUCUAUGUUCAAUGGCAGAAAAUCCCAAAAGGAUUAUUGGUCCAGACUGCCACUUUUACGUUGUGAACCUAUAGCUGCUGCUAUGUCAAAAAAUAAAUAUUCCACUAUCAAAGAAAAAAUUAAAAUGUCUAAAGAUAGCGAUGCUCUAUCCGUUGAUGAGAUGAUGAUUAAGUUCUAUGGUCGAACGGUCUUGAAGCAGUACAUACAAAAUAAACCUGAUCGUUUUGGGAUAAAAAUGUGGGCUUUAUGUACGGUCAAUGGGUUUCUCUUAGACUGCGAUAUUUAUUGCGGAAAAGGGACGAAUAUUUAUGCUUCAGAGACGAACCCAAAACUUAGUAAAUGCGCUUUAGUUAGCCGAGUAGUUCUUCAAAUGGUUCAAAACUUGCUUCUGACAGUCACUCCAAGAAAAUUGUAUCAAUAUCAUCUUACAUUUGAUAAUUUCUUUACUGGUCCAGAUUUAUUGGUACAUUUGAAAAAUAUAGGAUUACGAGCUACAGGAACUGUGAGAUCAAACCGAAUAAAAACUACGAAUGAAAUUGAUAAAAAAUCCAAGAGAGGAACGUUCGUUUCAAAAUAUGAUAAAAACAGUGGUUUGAAUUAUAUAACCGUUAUGGACUCGAAGCCCCUUUCGGUUCUUUCAACUUGUGCUAGUGUAAGGCCUUUCGGAACGGUGAGAAGAUAUUCUAAAGAACAAAAAAAGAAAGAAACCUUAGAAUUUCCAAGAGCUUUCACAUUCUACAAUCAAUAUAUGGGCGGUGUUGAUCUUCACGACUCGCAUUGUAGUAAUUUGAGAAGUCCUGUAAGAUCUAAAAAAUGGACGUGGGUUAUUUUUAUGAGACUCAUUCAAUCUUCGAUAACGAAUGCUACUGUUCUGAAGAAUUUGGUAACUCAUGACAAAAAAAUAGGAACGAAAGACACAGCAGUGGCUGUUGCUGAAAGCUACUUAGCAAAAUCAAGUUACAAUUUGGAAAGACAUAGAUAUGAAACAGCCCCGAGAAAAAAAUACUGUACCAAUAGUAAAAGUUGUGCAAAACAUAAGAAGUGA